GAGUCUGGCAAUCCCCGACACCCAGCAGCACGCCCUAGAGCUACUGUGUCUCAGCUCAGCCCGGCCUGGCUCGAUCGGCCAUUGCUUUCGAUGCCCAUUCGCCCGCCACAGGCCUCGGCAGUCUUUGCAACGCCGUAACCAUCAGUUGCAGACCGCUGGAGGGUCCCCGGCCCCGGGCACACAGGCACCCCCGUCAGGAUGGUCUUCGGCGGCCGCUUCAACACGGCGUGCCAUCUGUGCCGCAAGCGCCGCGUCAAGUGCGACGAGGGCCGGCCCGGCUGUCGCCGGUGCGCCGUCUACGGAAAACCCUGCCCGGGAUACUCGGACACAUUCCAUUUUGCCCACCAGGCCGGCACCGACCAACCACAACCGCAACGGCACCAGCAACAGCAGCGGCACCAGCACCAGCGACAGAGCCCCGAUGUGACCAUCUGGGCAUCCCGGCACGCUGCCUCCGGGUCUGCGGCUUCUUCCACCCUGGGUGUCUCAGCCACGGGUGCUGCCAUCGCUCCUGCCGGUCAUUUCUACCACGCCGCGCCGGUCCUGCCGCCGGCGCUGGACCCGCCCGAGGAGAUCACGUCUCUGUAUUAUUUCAUGAACCGCUUUGCCAGCCGCGCCGAGUGUGCCGGCCUGCCCGGCUAUCUCAACUUCUUGUUUUCGUUGUACGACCCAGGCAGGUCAGAUGCCCUCGAGCUGGCCACGCUGAGUGCCGCCCGCAUGGUUGCGUACAACCGCACCCGGCACAGUGACAAGUCUCUCAGGGACAAGUCGUACCGGGACCACGGCCUUGCCGUCGCCAAGAUUCGCAAGCUGCUGACCGACGAGGCCCGAAUAUCGAAACAACAGAAGCAGAAUGGCAGCAAGGAAGCCCCUUGUGCAACAGAGGCGACCCGUGAGGCGUUGAGUGACCGGACCCUCGGGACGGUUCUCCUGUUGAGCAUAUUUGGGCUCGUCAACGAUGCCGCGUCACGGCAUGCCGGCUCUCAUGCGUCCGGCGUCUACUACCUCCUGACCCGCCGAGGUCCGGAGCAGGGCUUUACUAGCAGGGGGCGGGAGCUCAUGUUUCUCUCCAUGGUCUACCUGCAAGCCGACGCGGCAGUACGCAACGACUUCAAGUACUGCGACUUUGCCUCGAUGGGUAUUCUUCCUCAGGGCAGCCAGAUCCUGGACCCCAUGACCCGGGUUGUCCCCAUCCUAGAGCUGCUAUGCCAGAAGAGCAAGCCACUACGCACCUUGCUGGAGCCCUCGGACUUUAUUGCCAUGUUCUCGCGAGGCAGCUCUCCCAGCACUCAGCAGGGAGACAGCCCAUGUUUCGACGGCGAUCGUAGCAAUGGCUACAUACCAAACGGUGUGCCCAGCAUCGCCAGGACGAAUAGCACCACUACUACUAUAAACGCAACAGAUACCCCCUUACCAACACGCCUCGGCACGCCCGGGAGCGCAAGCACACUAUUCUCAUGCCCAUCGUCACCACAAAAACACCAUCUCGAUGACCGGCUCACCCAGAUCCAAGUUGCGUGCAGCGCCCUCGACGAAUUCGAGGCAUGGAACAAGCACGCGACGGCAACCUGGCCACACUUUUACGGAGGCCGCGGCGGCCCGCCGCUGCUGGGGCAGUCAGCAGCCCACGCGUGGAUGUACCACUCCGAGACGGCCAGCACGGUCGUCUUGAUGCGCAGCUACCGGGUGCGCUUCUCGCUCUUGCUGCUCGCCGUCUGUCAGCAGACUAUAAAAGAUGCUACGAGUGCCUCGACGUGGCCGGGUGUGGCCACCGCGGGAGGGUCGUGGCUCACCGCACCCGCCGUUUCGGUCUCUCUGCCGGUUGCUGGAGGGCAUGACGGUGGCUUCGAGCUGACACACAAGGGACGAGCGAGUCCGAGUCCGACUCCGGCUCCGCCAACAGUGACCCCGAUGGUCGCGGGCUCUGUCGACGGGGACAACCACUAUACUCACCACGAUUCUAGCAGCAGUGUUGCUUUCAGCUCACCCGGCCAGACUCCAGCUCGCCCAGCCGCGGGCAAUGAUGCGGACUACACAGCAGAAGCUGCCCUGUCGUCACCAUCAUGUUCGGCAUUAUCAUCAUCAUCACCACACCCACUGCUGCACGACUCGAUGAUCUACCACGGCAGCCGCCGCCCGAGUAUAGACAAUGAACUCCUCGGCCUCGCAAUCCAGACGGCCGCGAAGCUCGAGCACGAAAUCAGGCUAGCCAUCGCCGACAUGGUGCACUGCAUCCCCUUUGUCCUCGACCCGACUACUCCUUCCUCUUAUUACUCCUCCACUUCACCAUCAUCAUCAUCAUUACCGUCGCCGCUACCACCAUCAUCAUCGUCGCAUGCCUCACCCAGAUCUCCGCCACCACCACCGCCGGCCCGACCGCCGUUGCCGCCGAUGAUCAACCUCGCAAGCCUGGAAAGCCAGCCCGCGCAGAAGGGCUUCGAGCUGCGCGACCCGCUGCGGCUCAUCGCCACGUGCCCCCUCGCGACGCCCGAGCAGCGGCGGCUCAGCCGGGUCAACCUGAAAAGGGUGCAUGAGAUUGCGGGGAUGAGGGAGCCGCCCCUGCCACCGCCGCUUCCGCUGCUUCCGCUGCUGUCCGAGGACGAGGACAGCCACGACGGUCAAUGGGCUCGGGGUUUGACGUUUUGAAAAAGGGACGGUUUUCCUCUGGGGAGAGAGAGAGGGGAGGUUUUUGGGUUUCAGAACGAGGAUGGGCAUGUACUAAAUCUAAUUGGGUCCAAGGGAGGGAGGGAGGGG